GACAGCAACCAGGGAGACGGGAUGUCUCAUCUUUUUUUCCUGCUUCUUGUGAUUGGAGCUAUCUCUGCUCAAGAAUCUGGAGACUUUUCUUCAGGUGAAUCUCCAGAUGACUUUAUUAGUGAUGAAGAACCAACCAUCUGUGAUAAUGAGCAUGAAACACCUGAGGAGUUAGACGUUGAGUCUUCUAAUGACUGCCACAUGGAGAACUACCAAAAUGUAACAGUGGAAUUUGAUAAAGAAGUGGCAGAUUUAAAAGUGUGUCCUGGAAAAGCUGACUGUUCUUAUCAUUAUUUUAUACAUCCAAGAUCAUUCUGCCUAGCUCAGAGAGCCUGUCGUUGUAGACGUGGAAAAAUGUCAUCUAUUCACAACGCCCACACUAAUUUAUUGCUGGCUAGAAGUGCAAGCAGGGUUAACAGACAUACUACGUUUGCAUGGAUAGGUGCAGUAAAAAGAUUGCGGAGCUGUAGCUAUUCCUUUGUGGAUGGAUCUCGAUUUGACUAUACUAAUUGGGCACCUGGAUACCCUAAGACCUGUGGAGCGUGGUGCGUUGCAAUAAAUAUUAGAACUGGUAAGUGGGUCUCUCUAAGAUGCUAUACUCGUCUACCAUUUUUCUGUACCCUCUGAGCAUCUGGAUGAAUUGAAGAUGAGUUUAUUUCACAAUGACAAAUUUGCUACGCAUAACUUUGUUAUUGCUCCCAAUUAUCUGAACAAUAAAGUAUAAUGAAACAUU